UUAUGGAGAUCGAACAUGCCCGAAGCCUGUUUUGGCAUACUUAUAAUUGAAAAGUCGGGCGAACAACAUAACCAAAGAACACACUACUGUAGGCCUACUCUAGCAUGAGUGAAGAAUACUAUUCGUGUCCAUGAAUAAUUAAACUGACAGAAAAAGUAACAUUUUGGUGCUAGGCCAAAGAAUGAGGCCUCUCCAGCUAUAUCUUCGCCUACUGAAGACCCAUCCUUACAAGACUCAGGCCACAGUUACAGGUUGUCUUUUCCUAGUAGCGGAUAUUAUUUCGCAACAGCUCAUUGAAAAAAAGGGACUUAAGUCUCAUGAUGUUGUGCGUACUGUACGUCAAACAGCAUUUGGGUUUUUAUUUACGGGUCCUGUUCUGCAUAAAUAUUAUACAAUUUUGGAAAAAUAUGUUGGUGGACAUGUCAUGAUUCAACCAAUCAAGAAGAUGAUUAUAGAUCAGACAUGUUUUGCACCGGCGUUUAUUUUUACAUACUUCACUGUGAUUGGAUAUACUAGUGGAAUGAACACAACUGAAGUUAAAGAAAAGUUAAAAAAGGAUUAUAAAUCUACACUGCUUGUAAACUGGACGGUCUGGCCAUUUGUACAAAUAUGCAAUUUCUACUUUGUGCCUCUUCAGCACAGAGUGAUAACUGCAAACUCUGUUGCUGUAGUAUGGAAUACAUACCUGUCAUGGAAAGCUAAUGCUGUGAAGAAAGAUGUCGCAUAGCAAAAGAUGAAUUAAAAUUACCUUCAUCAGGUAUGAUAAAAAUAUAGUAUAAACAAAACCAAACCUGAUGGCAAGUGCACAGUAGUUGGUUGGUUUAACAUCGUGGCUAUAUUUUCUAUUUUUAUGAAUUUAACUCAUAUGGUGUGGAAUAAGAUAAUAGCAUUUGCGUUGCCAAAACUCGACCAAAACGAAAUCUGUUCCAAAAGGUCACUUUACUUCAAUGCAGAUUUUAGCCCUACCAGCCAAAAUGUUAGCAAUUCUAGAGACAUUUAGUGAGAAAAACACUGAUGACAAACCAUCCAUGAUGUUUAAAUAUUUAUCCUUGUGCAACACAACAAAUUUUAUUUAUCUUAUUAAUUGCAGAUAAUAGUUGGUUGGUAAACAUUUAAAUUAUCCUUCUAUAUGUUUUUACAAUAAUUUAGCUCUUCAUUCUGCAACUGUAUUGAAGAAGAAUAAAUCCUCAUUAAACAAUCAGUCUUAUUUAAAAUUAUAUGCUGGAUAUAUGCUGGAUACAUAUUGUUAUGUAGGCCUAGUUGUAUAGACCAUUUUAUCGGAUUUAUUUUGAAAUAGCACCGCCAACAUCUCGCAACUCACUAGGGGGCUUCCAGCGGCCUAGCCUGAGCAGCUGGCUAGUUUCAUUAGAGCAUCUCGCAGUGGAUAGCGCUGCUAGACCUUUGCUACGGCAGCAGUAGACAACAGAUACGAUCUUGCUAAUAACUGUACAGUAAUUACUGUACAAUAUAUGGAAACAUUGAAAUAGUCUUUUAAGACUUGGACUUAUUUUUAAUAUAAACAUUUUAUGUUUUUUCUGUUAUAAAAUAUUUGUGCUCGUUAGUAAUUUAGUUUUCAUUGUUGAUUUAAUCCAUGAUGGUAACUACGUAGAGCUAAAUGCUAGGCCUCUGAAAGUCCCCCAGUGGUAGUUGGCAGGUUAUAGGAAAUUUUCAUUAAAAAUUUCGUGAAAAUUGUCUAUACUGUAUGUUAGAGAUUUUAGCAAUACUGUAUUAUACUGUAGUGAUUUGGUUUGCUUUUACUGUAUACAGUAGUGUAACUAUUCCCUCCAUAGUAGUAAAGUAUAAAAAAAUAUUCUUGCCAAUGAAUGAACAGGACAGUAACUGACAAUUUAACUAGCUGUUUUUAGAUUUUAUUAUUUGGUAGUACAAUAAUAAAUAAAUGAUAAUGUUUAUACAUUUUGUUUGCAGAAUGUUGAGUAGGGCCUUUUAAUGUUGCAUUAUUAAACUUAUUACAAUUUGCAUGGAAAGCAAGAUAGGGCUAAAAAUAUGAGCAAACAAUUUACUAUAAUUUUCCAAGAAUUCCAUAUGAAUAUAUUCUAUCAGUAAUGAAAAUAUUAGUUUAUAAAAAACCAAAUCCAUCAAUUGAAUAAAAACCUACCAAUGAAUGUAACUGAUACUGAUAUUUAAUACAUACUCCAAGUAUUGAAAUGGCAAAUGCAUGCCAUCCAAUACUUGGAGUAUGUAUUAUACUUUCUUAUCUGAGAUUAAUCAGUGGACUUUUCAAUAUCCUAAUCUGUUGUGAGAUAAUCUUAAAUUUUGUAAUGCGAUGUAUAUAAAUGGAGCAUUAUUUAUUAUCAUCUGUAUUAACUGUAAGAAGUUCACUACUUAUUGUAUUAAUAAAUAUCUAUUAACUAUUAAUA